GUUCCCUCUCCCUCCCACCGCUUUCUCUCCCUACCGCUCCUCCUCCUCCGUCUCGCCGGCGUCGCCAGCGCCGGCCGCGGCCAUGGGUUGCGGUGGCUCCAAGGACGCCGUGGCCACCGGCAACACCACCGCCAGCGGUGCCGCCGGCAAGCUCCUCCGGAGGAAGUCCUCCGUCUCCACCGGCCCAAGCCACACGUCCUUCGGCAGCGCCGGCGUCGCCGUCAAGGACGUCGUGAAGGAGCCGGCCGCCGGCGAGGCGGACAAUGCGGCGGGCGUCGUCGAGGCGGCCUCCGCCGGGAGCCCGACGAGAAGAAAGGGAAUGACGACUCCGUGAGGGAGCGGGCCGCCGGCGAGGCGGACAAGGCGGCUGACAUCGUGGUGAUGUCCCUCGAGGAUCCCGCCGCCGCUGCCACCGUUGCGGAGGAGAAGGAACCCAAGAAGGAUGUCGCCGUCGACGUCGCUGCCGCGGCUCCUGCUGUUUCGGCGGCGGCCCCCGUAGCGGAGCAAGCCGAGAAGGUGGUGGACGAGGAGCAGCUGCCGGAAUCGACCAUGGCCGAGGAGGCGCCGGUAAAGGCGGCGGGUAAGGUCGAGGAGGAGAAGGUAGAGAAGGCUGGGGAGAGCAAAGCCGAAGAGGAGGA